AGGAUCCAACAGCAAUGAAUGGCUUUGGAACCCUGGUUCUACGAAAGCAGUUUAUCCUCCUGGUGCUAUUUCUCUUGCAAAUUCAGAGUCUGAGUCUAGACAUCGAUAGUCGCCCUACGGCAGAAGUUUGUGCCACGCACACAAUUUCACCAGGACCAAAAGGAGAUGAUGGUGAAAAAGGAGAUCCUGGAGAAGAAGGAAAGUAUGGCAAAGUGGGUCGCAGGGGACCCAAAGGAAUUAAAGGAGUACUUGGUGAUAUAGGAUCCCAAGGCAAUAUUGGCAAGACAGGACCUAUUGGCAAGAAAGGUGAGAAAGGGGAAAAGGGUUUGCUUGGGAUUCCCGGAGGAAAAGGCAAGGCAGGUACUGUGUGUGACUGUGGAAGAUAUCGGAAAGUUGUUGGACAAUUGGAUAUUAGUGUUGCUCGGCUCAAGACAUCUAUGAAGUUCGUCAAAAACGUCAUAGCAGGGAUUAGGGAAACUGAAGAGAAAUUUUAUUACAUCGUGCAGGAAGAGAAGAACUACAGGGAGUCAUUGACGCACUGCAGAAUCCGGGGCGGCAUGCUAGCCAUGCCCAAAGAUGAAGCUGCCAACACACUUAUUGCUGAUUAUGUCGCCAAGAGUGGCUUCUUCCGAGUGUUCAUUGGGGUAAAUGACCUUGAAAAGGAGGGGCAGUAUGUGUUCACGGACAAUACUCCCCUGCAGAACUACAGCAACUGGAAAGAGGGGGAGCCCAGUGACCCCUAUGGCCAUGAGGACUGCGUCGAAAUGCUGAGCUCAGGCAGGUGGAAUGACACGGAGUGUCAUCUGACCAUGUAUUUUGUCUGUGAGUUUCUCAAGAACAAAAAGUGACUUCCCCUAUACCACACAUUUGUUAUGUCCCAGUGACUGUCACUGCAGUUAUUUAUCC